AAAUGGGCUAGUACAUAAAGACAUUCAUAGUGGAAACAUAUUAAUAAACUCGAAAGCAAAAAAAGCUAAUAUUUGCGAUCUUGGGUUAACGCGGCCGGAAAACUCUAUAGAUAAAAAAGAAUGCGGCUACGGAGUUCUGGCAUAUACAGCACCCGAAGUUUUACAACAUGGAAGACGAACGAAAGCAAGUGAUAUUUAUGCAAUCGGAAUAUUAAUUUGGGAAAUAAUUCAUGGGCAAGGUCCGUUUUCGGAUUACACGUAUAAUUGUUGCAAGUAUCUUGCAAUUAUCGAUGGUGAAAGACCAGAAUUUACUGUAAACUGCCAUAGAUUAUUGUAUUAUUUCGCGAAAUGGUGUUGGAAUGAAAAUCCUCAAUUUCUAUGCGAUCUUUGUGAAUUAUCAUUAGAACCAUCAUCUCCUCCAUCACCACCACCCAGUUCUACUCCGAGUUCUUUCGACAUAGACUUAGGGACAGGAGAUAGCGACAACUUUUAUGAAUUGUCUUAUAAAACUUCUUCACAUGAUGAUGAUGAACGAUUAUCCUUGAAUUGUCUUAUAAAACUUCGUCUUCACUUGAACGAUUAUCCGUUGGAUUCUCUUUUGAUGAUGUGUCUAUCGAAUCAAAUUUAA